AGAAAGACUCAAGGAAAGAAACAAAGGAAAGAUAACCCCAUUUCUUUCUCUCUUUCUUUUUUUUUUAUAAUUUCUCCCAGGUCAAUCUCUUAAACAACGGAAGUUCUCUCCCAUAUCUCAUUUUGCUCAAUAUUGCUUCUUCUUCUUCUUCUUCAUACUCGAUGGAAGAGUACAGGAGGGCUCAUCAUGUUCCGGCAUUUGGGAGCUGGGAUUGGAACGACGACGUUCCAUUCACUCAGUGCUUUGAGUCUGCCAGGGAAGCUGGCAUUUUCCGCUAUAGUUACUCUGAAGAUCGUGAUUUGUACGUUACUGGGGAUUUAUAUGAGAAUGAUGUCGUCACACCCGCCAUGAUUGUCGUUCCUCGCCGAAGGACGAAAGUACGCGACCCGCAUGUCAAAGAAGCUAAACACCAAAGUAAUUGGGUCACCGAUGAUGCAAAGGAACCGCCCAGUCCCCCUCCUGUUCACAGGCCAACACCAAAACCAGUAGAUGAAGAUCUCUACAAGAUAUCACCUGAACUCCUCUAUGGCAAACACAGAAAGAAGAGAGGGCUGAGUUUCUUUUCAAGCUGCUUAUUGCCUUCUUGUAUUGCGUGAGCAGCGGAGAUUUGAUAUAGAGUACUUAUUUAUUGUUGGGACUUACUACGUACAUAGAUAAAAGAGAAUGUUAGAUGUAUGAGGUUGUCUUUUAUGUGUAUUGAGUUCAAUUGCUGGAACAUGGUUGGUCCAAAAAUAUUCUCACCAGUCAUUUUUAUGUGAUUGUGAUGAGGAGAGAGGAUUAAAACUACCUUAUAGUCAAGUACUACUCGGAAGUAUAUUUGGGUCUUUUUCCUUUCUUUUGGAGGUGCUUGUAUCUUUUGGAUCUUUAUAGUGUUGACAGAAGAGAGGGGACACUAUUUUGAUAUAAAGCCUUGUAAGAAAAGAAGAAAGGGAUUUCCUUUCAUGUGAAUGUGGGGUUUAAUUUGAA